GUCCCCGGUUUGCCCACCUCCGAUGGCGGCCUUCGCGGGCAGGGUGGCUGUCCCCGCGGACCCAGCUCCGUCCCGGCGCCUAUAGCAACCCGUCUCUUCCGCGCCCCCAACACUCCUCCCCUCCCGGGCGGCUGCCCCGGUCGGGGUCCUGGACGGUGUCGGCGGCUGNGGCGGCCCCGGAGCCCAGGAAGCCGCACGGGGUGAAGCGGCAUCACCACAAGCACAACUUGAAGCACCGCUACGAGCUGCAGGAGACCCUGGGCAAAGGCACCUACGGCAAAGUCAAGAGGGCCACCGAGAGGUUUUCGGGCCGAGUGGUUGCUAUAAAAUCCAUCCGUAAGGACAAAAUUAAGGAUGAACAAGACAUGGUUCACAUCAGACGAGAGAUUGAGAUCAUGUCAUCCCUCAACCAUCCUCAUAUCAUCAGUAUUUAUGAAG